GGUUCCCCUCAGUAAAUGCGAAGGGUUUGGAAUUUCGCUUCGCAAGGUUUUAAUAGUGUAGAUACGAUUAUACUUUUUCUUGGCGCAAACGAAGGGACAGAUUACGAUCAGUGCGUUCGUGUUGCAGCUGACUGGGACCCGUGGCUCAUCCGCUUCCUCGUCGGCGGCAAGAACUCGCUCCAGCGCGCCAAGGAGUACCUCGAGAAGUACUGCACGUCACGCGCCCGCAACCCGGACCUAUUCACGCAGCAGCCAUCGCCCGUCGUCGAGCAGCUUUUCGUCCUCAUCAAGUCCGGCGUGCUGCCCAUGGUGACGCCGCAGGGCACGAGGAUGGUCAUGUCACGCUUCACCAAGGAGCUGGGCGAGGACGCCUCCAAGAUGGACUGGGGCGUGUACUUCAAGCUUUCGUGCCACAUGGUGGAGCUGUUCCUGGCCUCGGAAGGCCACCCUGUAGACGCCGAGAUCUGCGUCGACCUGGAACAUUACAGCGUGUCCCUCAGCAAUUCGUUUGUCGCCAAUCUCAGCAUGUUCAAGCAACUCAUCGAAGUGACACAGGGCUCGGUGCCGCUGCACUACAAGGUCGUGCACCUGCUCAACGCACCGGCCAUCAUCAAGACCGUCAUCGCCAUGGUCCGACCCUUCCUCAAGGACAAGUUGGGAGAACGAAUUAUUGUCCACGAGAACAACGAGAGCUUCGAGAAAUGCGUCCACAAAGCGUGCCUGCCUUCGGACUACGGCGGUCAGUCCGGCAAGACCCUCGCUCAGAUGUGCGACGACUGGCACCUCAUUAUCCACAGCAACAUGCCUUGGUUCAACGCGCGACAGAAGCGGCUGGCGGCCGACGAGACCAAGCGGGUGGGCGGCAAGCCGAGGCAGGACGACUUCGGUGUCGAGGGCUCCUUCCGGAAGCUCACCGUGGACUGAGGGAUGCACUGAGUAUUUCAAUGACAACAAUAAUGACGCAUGGAAACAACUGAGGGUUGGGUGACCUACCACUCAGAUAAUGGGCUGGCUUUGGAAUGCUACAAAAUGAGUAGCUCCAGUUUCCACCAUCUUUCCCUCCUUUGCUUCCGGUUGAACAGCAGGUGUGUGGACAAGUUAGCCAAAGACUGACAAAAAAAAUAUUGAACAAAUAUUUAGUACUCUGGGAAAAUAUCAGAGAACCUGCAUCUAGAAACGUGGCAAAAAAACUUUGUCUCUUUCCAUUUGUAAAUUUGUUUAGAAGUUGAUGAAAGCCACAAAUAGUUUUUGUGUGUCUCCUUAGGACUAGGGCUCGACUAGGACUACAUUGUACAUAUUUCACAUUCUUCAAAGAUUUUAUAAUUUAGUGAAUAUGAACAUGUUUUUGUACAUUCAGUAAAACAAAUAAGGUAAAUAAAAUCAUACCAUCUUUUA